CUCUAAUGUGAUCUUUAAACUCUCAGGCAGCGUGUGCGGCCCCGGGGACACCGACCAUAACUCAUGGAUUCCUGGGUCCGCUUCAGCGGGCAGAGCCAAGCCAAGGAGCGGGUUAUCCGAGCUGCUAAGUAUGCCUGUACUUUACUGGGAUACACACUCCAGAAAAAUGGAGCCGGUGCUGAACUUGUGACCACUAUAAAACAACUGGAGGGCCACCUGAGCCUGGCAAGGAAAUUGUUCCGUCUUGGGAACUCCGUGGAUGCUUUGGAAUCUGCCAAACGUGCAAUCCACCUCUCCGAUGUGGUUCUGCGCUUCUGUAUAACAGUCAGCCAUCUUAACAGAGCCAUGUAUUUUGCUUGUGACAACAUCCUGUGGUUGGGGAAGACUGGCGUGUCCAAGAAGAUGGACCAGGAGAAGUGGAGUCAGCGUUCCUUUAGAUAUUACUUAUUUUACCUCAUCAUGAAUCUGAGCCGAGAUCUCUAUGAGCUCAAACUCCUCAUGGAGGUGGAAUGCAACAGCAAGUGCUCUGCUAGCAAAUUGAGUGCCGAGAAUGGAGUAGUCCCUCAGAAAAAGCUCCCCCCACACCAUCUUCUGGGCAUCCAACUUCGACUUCUCAUCCACAUCUUGAGGAACAAUCCGCCGCUCCUUCUCGCUGUUUUGAAGAACACCUGUGAUCUUUUCAUCCCACUGGACAAGCUGGGUCUUUACAAGACAAACCCUGGAUUUGUUGGACUGUGUGGUCUUACUUCUUCCAUACUGUCCAUCCUGACCAUUGUACACCCAUGGCUGAAGCUGAAACCCUGAGCAUUUAA